ACUAAAAUUAAUUAUUAUAUUUAGGAUAUAUCAUGACAAGAUUUUUUUGGAUAUUAUAAUUAAUAAAAAGUCUCUUCUUUUGAAGCAACAAAUAAAGUAGAAAAAUGGAUAGUUCAGAAUAUGAGACUGUACGAAAUAUGACACUUUUAUUUUUUCUGGAACUUCUUGUGGAUAAAGGUGGUCCACGUACUUUACAUGAUUUAAGUUGUCAAUUUGGAGCUAAAGGAUUUACAAAAGAAAUGCGCCAAAUAGCUGGUGGAUCACAAAGUGGCCUUAAAAAAUUUUUAGCUCAAUACCCAAUGCUUUUUAUUAUUAAUGGUGAUUAUGUAUCGGUAAAUACUUUUCAACAAGUUGUAGAGGAAGAAAAUGGAUGUAAAUUAGGUGGUAAACGCGAUUAUGCUCGAGAGGCUGUAGAAUAUUUUACAAAUAAAUUAAUGCAGUAUGGAAUUGGUACAGAAGUACCAAUAAAGAGUCUUUUAGGACAUCGAUCCCAAGCUUCUCCAGAAGUUAGACAUAUUUCUGGUCAACACUAUAAAGAAUUUAGAGAUUUUCUUUUAAAAUAUCCUGAUGCUUUUGUAGUUACUGAAGAUAAUGUAAUGUUAAAGCAAUAUGAAGGCAUGAAAGCAGAACCUUUUGUAGAAUUAGAACCAGAUAUACCUAUAGAUCCAGAGAUUACUGCAAAAUUAUUAGAUUUUCUUUGUGAAUGCAUUGAACAAAAGGGUCCAAUUCUUGUAGAUCAAAUGUUUAAUAUAGUUAAUGAUAAAUUUUCAUAUGAAAAUUGGACUUCAAUAUUUAAAACACCACAAGAUUUGUGUACAUUUGUCAAAAUGUUCCCAGAUGCAUUUCAUGUUCAAAGUAAUUUAGUAACAUUAAUUGGAAGGCCAAAGUCUUCUACCAUAGAAGGAAAAGCAAAAACAAGAUUUACAAAUUCUUCACGAAGUCAAAAUAGUACUGCAAGUCAAACAAAUUUAAAUCAAAUUAUUCAAUCAAGCAAUACUCAAGUAUCUCCACAAAUAAUUAAUUCAGAAUCUACUAAUAUCAAUAUUACAAGUCAGAUUAAUAAUAUACAAAAUUCUCAUUUUCCAUCAAUUGAAAGCAAUAGUACUUCUCCAAUAAGCUUGCAACAACAAACUUUAAAACAAAGAAUAAAUACACUUGUAAUGAAGACUUUGGCAGAUAAUACAGAAAAGGAUAGGAGUUUACAAACUAUGCAAAUGGGGGAUGCUUGGAAACUAAAGGUAUUGCAACAGACAAGAGUAAUAGUAAAUCCAAGAGAAAGUCUUCAAAUUAUAGAAGAUAUAAUAAAUCCUCGUAAACCUUCUCCUGAUGGUAAAAUUGUUGUUUCAUUUGAUUGUGAAGGAAUAAAUUUAGGGGUUAAAGGACAAUUGACACUUGUACAAAUUGGAACUAUGUCUGGUCAAGCAUAUGUAUUUGAUUUAUUUGCUUGUCCUAAUCUUGUACAAGCUGGAGGCCUUCAAAAACUUCUAGAACAUAAAGAUGUUAUUAAAGUAAUUCAUGAUUGUAGAAAUGACAGUGUCAAUUUGUACAGACAAUUUAAGAUUAUGUUGAAUAAUGUUUUUGAUACACAGGCAGCUCAUGCUGUACUGCAGUUUCAAGAAACUGGUAAACCUGUAUAUAAAGUUAAAAAUGUUAAUUUGAAUACACUAUGUGAUCAUUAUGGUGCUCCAAGUAAUCCAUUAAAAGAACAAUUGAAAAAUAUCUAUCGUAAUAAUCAAAGAUAUUGGUGUAGGCGUCCACUAACACGAGAUAUGCUCAUUUAUGCUAGUAGUGAUGUUUUGAGUUUGGUUCCACAAAUAUAUAUUUCCAUGUCUAGACUCAUAAAACCAGAAGUACAAGUUCUUUUUAAUGAACUAUGUGAGGAACAAAUUCAAUUACAUAUCAAACCUGCAGAAGUAAAAGCACGAAAGAAACAACGAAAAGUAGAAACAGAAGUUGCAGAUUUAAAAAAAAGAAUGGAAGAAGCAACCACCAAAAAUAUUGUUUUAAGUAAUCGUGAAAUACGUCUUUUGCGUUAUCUUGAUCUUACUGAGGAUGAAAAAGAGAAAUUGAAAGGCAGUUACAAAGUUGCAAGAAAAUUAGAAAAACUUGAAAAUAUGGGUCAAGAUAAAGGAGAAAGUAGCGAUGAUGAUGAUGAAGAUAAAAUUGAAGAUUCAGAAUAUCAUAGUAUGGAAAGUUAUACUUCUGAAAAUUCACAUUCAGGUGGUAUAUUGUCACCAAGAAAUUCUGAUACACCAAGUCUUACAGAAUCAAUGCAAAUGGUAGAUGAAAUUCUAUCUGAUGGACGAAUGGAUAGAUUUGAAAAAAUCGAAAAAUUAGAAGCUAUUCUUUCAGCUGUUACUGGUUCUGCAACUGAUCAAUUUUCCUCCAGCAGUGCAGAUGUAUCUCCAACAAAAUGUGUAUGUUCAUGUCAAGAUAAAAAUAAAAGUCCACGAUCAGAUCGUAAUACUCUGAAUAAUGUGGCUUGCCAAACAUAUAGUACAGGUGAUAUAGUAAUUACCAAAAUAUUUCUCACAGAAGAAGAAAAAGAGCGUAUAGAUUUACUGAAUUCGCCAAAAAAGUAGUAUGUUUUAGUUAUUGUGAAAGUGUUAAGAAAGGAAGUUGCCAUUAUUAGAUUUUUACGAAAAAGAGAAAUUAAAAAGAAUUAGUUAAAAAUUGAUUUAUUUUAUAUAGUUUAAAAAAUUGUAAUAUUGAACUGUAACAAUCAGUUUUUUUCCAAAUCUGAUUCUAUAGUAAUCAGAAUUUAGGAAAAAUUUGUUUUAAUGAAUUUAAUGAAAAAAAAUUCAAUAUUGUAAAAUAUUUUUUUUUAGAUGAUUAUCUUUCUUUACAAGAAUAUAAGAAAGAAAAAUCAAAUUAUGUAUUUACUAACAAAAAUUUGACAAAAAUUUUUUUUGAAUAAUUUAUGUUGCUUCUCAGGAUUAAAAUACUAAUAUUGUUCCUCUAUAUAUAAAAAAUAUAAACAUUUAAAUACUU